AUGGAUCCGUCCAAUGAGACCACAGUCCAGGAAUUCAUUUUACUGGGUUUGGAGAGUGGGCUGCAAUGGCGAUUCUACCUACUUAUCCUGUUUAGUUUAACUUACAUAAUAACUUUGAUUGAAAACACCACUAUUAUCACUCUGGUACAUAUAGAUGACCAUUUGGCUCAGCUGCCCAUGUACAUCCUCUUGGGAAAUUUCUCCUGGUUGGAAAUGUGCUUCGUGACCACUUCCAUGCCUCGUAUGAUCUUUGAUCUGGCUUCCCCUCAAGGAAUCAUCUCCUUCCAAGCCUGUUUCCUUCAGUUCUACGUUUUCUUCUCGUUUGGCAGCACUGAAUGCUUCUUCCUCUCAGCCAUGGCCUUGGAUCACUAUUUAGCCAUUUGCCACCCACUCCGCUACCCAACAAUUAUGUCUUCAAGAAACUGUUCCAAGCUUGUAGCUGGUUGCUGGAUUUCUGGGUUCUUGGGUUACGCUGUCCCAGUGACUUUGAUCUCCAGACUGUCCUUCUGUGGCUCCAACAUCAUUGAUAAUUUUGUGUGUGAUCAAGGCCUCCUCUCCCUGGCUUGCCCACCUUUUAAAAAUGCUUCCUUUAUCAGUCAGAUUUCUAUGAAUAUUUUGAUUAUAUUGGGUAACAUUGUCUUUGUCACUAUCUCCUAUGGUGUUAUAAUUGUCACACUGAUCAAAUCCUCUAACCAACACAGUAGAAAGAAAGCCUUCUCUACCAUAUCCUUCCAUCUUGUGGUGGUGAUCCUUUUCUAUGGUUCUGUGGCAGGAAUGUAUGUAGCUCCAAGUGGAGAUGGUCAGUCAAAUGUCACUAAAAUAGUCACCGUCUUCUACACCGCCAUUACACUGUUUCUCAACCCCAUGAUCUAUUGUCUGAGGAACGAUCAGGUGAAGGAGGCUCUGGGCAGGUUGCUGAAAAGGAUGGAGCAAAGGCUGAGAAUUAAAAAAUGA